CACACCCAAUGCAUUGCCAUCGCGUUUGAUGACAAGCAGUGAUAAUCAUCGCAGACAUCAUUGGCCGCCAAAAUGGGUAUCAAUUUGUCGACCCCUUCCUCGCCGGUCAACGAACAGUCGCUCAAUCGGCACAACAAGUCGUUGAAUAGCCAUCCCGUGAAUAGUGUGGUCUCACAUACUAUCGCUAUCAAUGACAAACACCACUCGUCUUCGGGCGGCGGCCACGAAGUGGACCAUCAAAUGCCCGAUUCUAACGAACUCGAGAGACGAUUCACCAAAGUGUUGGCGUCAAUGGAUUUACCUCCAGAUAAGGCCAAACUUCUGCGCGGAUACGACAUCGAGAAGAAGUGGGAAAUGAUUAGAGACCAGGAAAAAGUGACGGCCAAACAGUCGCCCGAAUACUAUCUCCAAAAGCUGUCCACUUAUUUGGACCCAAAGGCCAGUCGGAGUACGAAGAAAGUGAGACAAUUGGGCGCUAAGACAUCCACACAAGUGCUUCGCGAUCUGGAGAUCUCUUUGCGCACGAAUAACAUCGAAUGGGUUCGAGAGUUCCUCUCGGAGUCGAACGGCGGUCUGGAUGUGCUCAUCGAAUACCUCACCUUUCGGUUAGUGACACAACAACAGCACCAACUCCUCAAAGACCAACAAACCCAACACCAGUCCAAUGGCAGCGCCGAUAAUCUGACCGCA